CCCGAGUCCAUCGCUGCCGUGAUUACAAUUCUAGGCCCGGCUGACUCUCUCCCUCCCUACCCUUGGGGUUUAUACCUCCUCAUCAAUCAACAGGAACAGCACAUCUUGUACCUUUCAUCUCUCUGUGACAAAGCGAGAUGGAUUAUUCGUUCUAUUCAAACCAUCCCCAGCAACCUUAUCCUCUCUACGGCGUCCACGGGCUGCCCACCCCCGACCAAGGCAAUCCGGCCCCUCAAGCCGAGGCCAUACAGGGCGCUUUCGCUCCCUUGGGAGCGCAAAACUACCAGCCUUUCGAUCCGAACCUGCGCUUUCAGGAUCCUCACGCAGCCGCUGCCUUCGUUGCCCCGCCACACUCGCCUCCCGAGUCCCUCACCAAGCAGUCGGUUUCCAGCAAUGACUACUCCAAUCAGAACGUUGAUCGAGCCUCUUACGAUGGAGAUGACCAGCUCUUAGACCAAAGUCUUGGCCGGAGCAGCAGCGAGGAAAAAGAGAGUCUGACUCCGGCGCAAUCAAAGCGAAAGGCUCAGAACAGAGCUGCCCAGCGCGCAUUUCGUGAACGCAAGGAACGACAUGUGCGUGAACUGGAGGAGAAAGUUAGCAAUCUUGAAAAUGCAUCGAACACUCUUGUAGCGGACAAUGAGCGAUUGAAAAGAGAGUUGGCAAAGUUCACAACUGAAAAUGAAAUACUUCGGGCAACGUCGACUUCAAUGCGCCAGUCCGGCCAGCGCUCCACCGACGAGGAACCGACAACGACGGGGCCAUUGCAAUACUCGCCCACGGAUUUCAAGUCCGAUGCCGGUGGGGGUAAUGGCCCUGCCCAUCGCGUCACUAUAUGCGGAAAGACAGGCGAGAAACUCCUUGACGCGGGAGCCACCUGGGAUCUCAUCCAGAAGCACGAGCUCUUCAAGCGUGGCCUAGUGAAUAUUGGCGAUGUCUCGGGUCGGUUGCAAGGUACUGCUCAAUGCGAUGGGCAGGGGCCCGCCUUCCGGGAAAGCCAGGUCCUCCAGGCUAUUGAAGAAAGUGCAGCUGCUGGCAACGAUGACUUGUUGUGAAUUCGCCUGAUAGCAUGGAUUCUACGAUGCAAUGUCUUGCUUCUUGGUCGCUUUCUUAUUUUUUUUUUUUUUUUACUUUUCGGUGCAUGGGC